ACCGGCCCAACGCUACGGUCCCCGCGCAUGGGACCGGAAGUCCGCGUGUUCCUUCCGGUGGCGCAUGCGCCGAGCGCGCUCCCUGCCGAGAGGCGGGGCCGAGGGGCAGCGCAGCGCAGCAUGGCGGGAGGUGGCGCCGGGAUGGGGACGGACUCGGGCCCGGGCUCGGGCCCGGGCCCGGGCCCGGCGGGGCAGAAUGUGGAGCCAGCGGCCCCGGAGCGCGUCCUCUUCCCGCCGACGUUCAGCGUGUCCGAGAUCAAGAACAAGCAGCGGCGGCACUUCAUGUUCCUUCGCUGGAAGCAGCAGCAGAGGAAGGAGAAGCUGGCUCUCAAGAAGAAGCGGAGGAAGGAGCGAGAAGCCCUCGGGGACAAGGCACCUCCAAAAGCCAUUCCAAAGACUAUUGAAAAUCAGAGAAUUUAUGAUGAAACAACUGUAGAUCCCAAUGAUGAAGAGGUCGCUUUUGAUAUAGCGACUGAUGAAUUUGCACCAUAUUUCAACAGACAAACAGUUCCAAAGAUUCUUAUUACGACAUCAGACAGACCUCGUGGGAGAACAGUGAGAUUCUGUGAACAGUUGUCUACCGUUAUACCUAACUCGCAUGUCUACUAUCGCAGAGGAUUGGCUUUGAAAAGAAUUAUCCCACAGUGUAUUGCAAGGGACUUCACAGAUCUAAUCGUCAUUAAUGAAGAUCGCAAAAUACCAAAUGGGCUUGUUUUAAGUCACCUUCCUGAUGGUCCAACUGCUCACUUUAGAAUGAGCAGUGUCCGUCUGCGGAAAGAAAUAAAGAGAAAGGGGAAAGAACCCACAGAACAUGUACCUGAAGUAAUCCUGAAUAAUUUUACAACACGACUGGGCCAUUCUAUUGGUCGCAUGUUUGCUUCUCUCUUCCCACAUGAUCCUCAGUUCAUUGGAAGACAAGUAGCUACGUUUCACAACCAGCGAGACUACAUCUUUUUCAGAUUCCACAGGUAUAUAUUCAAGAGUGAAAAGAAAGUGGGAAUUCAAGAACUUGGACCACGUUUUACAUUAAAGUUGAGGUCUCUUCAGAAGGGAACCUUUGAUUCCAAAUUUGGAGAAUAUGAAUGGAUUCAUAAGCGUCGAGAAAUGGACACGAGUAGAAGAAAAUUUCACUUGUAAUGGACACUUACUUGCCAAUUGCUCACGACCAGAAAUAUGACGGUAUCUUUGAACAAUGGAUCAUCUCAAAUUCAACUAGUAAUAAUAACACUGAACAGUAUCUGGCUGCAGAAAGACAAAGUAUGAACUGUUCCUGUAGAAACUUCUAAUGUUUAAGUAGGACAGCCUGGUUUUUAUAUUUUUUUUCUGUGGUUGUAGCUAAAUCCAACGUGACAAAGAGUGCGGCUCUUACCAGUUUAGUAGGAAGGUCUAUGGUAAUGUUAGAGAAGGCUGUAAUUCAGUUAUCAGUGAAGCUUUGCUAUGACUGCUGCUGUACUGUAAAUAACUUAUAGUUUACUGAAGACAGCGUUAAAAAUAUUUUCAAAAUAAAGUAUUUUCACAUA